CAUCGGGCUGAGAUUGAGGAAGGGUUCUCUCUCUUUUCUCUCUAUACCUUUUCUCUCUCUCCCUCUUUUCCUCUAUCUCUCCCUCUGUUUCUCCAUCUCUCGUUCUCUCACUCUCUCUGGUGCGCAGCUGAGCCGUGCCUUUCGCCUGUGCGAGCGUGCGUGCGCGCGGUUGUGUGUAUUGAGGGAUGAUGAAAUGCCAGCGUCAAGCAUCCUCCGGGGACCUUCUCCCAGCCUGAGGAUGUGAAAGAAUCGAAAGCUGAACGAGGGAUCUGCUCCAAACUGCAGGCCAAGCCUUCUGCACGGGCCUGCUGUACCUGCCUUAGCUGCCUUUCCUUUCUCUCUCUGUCUCUCCUUCUCUUUCUCCAUCCCUCUCUUCUCCAUCCAUCCCUCUAUCUCUCCUCGCUCCCUCAAUUGCUUGUGCUGCUUUUUUUCUCCUCCCUUUUCUUCCUUCCUCUGGUGAGGGAGAGGAUCGUCAUCCCCCAUCGAUCCUUUUCUUUUUUUUUCCUGGUGGUGGUGGCUCCCUCCUCCCCCUCUCUUCCUCUCCACCUCCUCCUCCCCUCUCUCUCUCAUUUUUCUGUUCUUGAAGAGGAGCUCUCUGGAAUAGCAAACCUCCAUGUAUGACAAUUUGUACCUGCAUGGAUUUGAAGACUCGGAGGCGGGUUCAGCUGAUUCCUACACUAGCAGGCCAUCAGACUCGGAUGUGUCGUUGGAGGAGGAGAGGCAGGAGGGUGGGAGCCAGGGCCGGCAGGAGCGAGAGCAGCAGGCCGCUGUGCAGCUGGAAAGGGCCAAGGCCAAAGCGGUGGCCUUUGCUGUGAAGACGAAUGUAAGUUACUGUGGAGCGCUGGAUGAGGAUGUGCCUGUGCCAGGAACAGCCAUCUCAUUUGAUGCUAAGGACUUUCUGCAUAUCAAAGAGAAGUUCAAUAAUGACUGGUGGAUUGGGCGACUGGUGAAAGAGGGCUGUGAGAUUGGAUUCAUCCCCAGCCCUCUGAAGCUGGAGAACAUCAGAGCCCAGCUAGAGCAGAAGAAAAGCCGUGUUCAAGGUAAGUCCAGCGGAAGCUCCUCCUCCAGCUUGGGGGAUGUAAUGUCAUCAGGCAAGCAGAAACAAAAAGUGACGGAACACGUUACACCCUAUGAUGUCGUGCCCUCCAUGAGGCCUGUGGUCCUGGUUGGCCCAUCUCUAAAAGGAUAUGAGGUAACCGAUAUGAUGCAAAAGGCUCUUUUUGACUUCCUGAAACACAGAUUUGAUGGCAGGAUAUCCAUCACACGUGUGACUGCAGAUAUCUCCCUGGCCAAGAGAUCUGUGCUGAACAACCCCAGCAAAAGAGCCAUCAUAGAACGCUCUAACACAAGAUCCAGUCUUGCUGAAGUGCAGAGUGAGAUUGAGCGUAUCUUUGAACUGGCCCGCUCACUGCAACUGGUAGUGCUGGAUGCAGACACCAUUAACCACCCUGCUCAGCUGAUGAAAACAUCACUAGCUCCCAUCAUUGUCCACGUCAAAGUGUCCUCGCCAAAGGUCCUCCAGAGGCUGAUAAAAUCCAGAGGAAAAUCUCAGAGUAAACAUCUCAAUGUGCAGCUUGUAGCAGCCGAUAAACUGGCACAGUGCCCGCCGGAGAUGUUUGACAUCAUUCUGGACGAGAAUCAGUUGGAGGACGCGUGUGAACACCUGGCGGAGUACCUGGAGGCAUACUGGAAAGCCACUCACACCUCCAGCAGCACCCCGCUAAACCCACUGCUGGGCCGGAACCUCGGCCCUGCCGCUCUUGCCCCCUACCCAUCCACUAUCUCCGCUCUGCAGAAUCAGCAGGGCCAGAGAACACGACACGCCAACCACACAGGUGACCACUCUACGCCCAACGAGCGACGCAACCUGAUGGCCUCAGAUGAGAACUACCACAACGAACGGGCACACAAGGGCCGCAACCGCGGUUCAUCCGGCUCACAACACGGAGGCGGUGGUGGUCGAGAUCAUCACUACAUGGACGAGCAACAGGACCCCUAUCAGGACAGCUACAAGCCUCACCGCAACCGUAGCUCCCCGGGCAGCUACAGCCAGGACUCCCGCCACCGGCUCUGAGCCACUGUCCCCGCCCCUCUCUCUGCCCAGUUUCACCGUCCAGGCCUGAGCUGCAGUUCCUCCAGAGCUGAGAUGCCAUCCGUACUCAUCUUCCAUCACGUUUCUUUCAGCAGGGCUUCUGGCGUCAUGGUGGACGUCAUAAGCUUCUCCUGAACCCGGGUAUCUGACCGAAGCCUAAGUGUCCAUCUGCGAAUGCGUGACUCGAGAUAUGUGGACAGUUCAUACCUCAGAUGGAGGAGAGACUGCUCCGCUGCUUGUGUAUUCUCUUGACCAUUCAUAUCCUUGUUUCUGUAUCAGUUCUGUUGCCAAAGGGUGAGUUCUUUCCAGCCAAAACAUAACAAAUCUGUAAGCAGAUGUCCAAAAAUUUAUAUCAGCGUGAUGGAAAGCCCUAAAAUCCAUUGCUGGAAAAGAAUAAUGAACACACACAAAAAGAAAAGUCUAGGCCCAGAACGGAUCAAGGACAGCCAAGUCUGUGCAGGCACGUGUAUGUUCAGGUGUGUUGUACCAGUCUUGGUACUGGUCCACCACUUUAACAUAUUGGACACACGCCAACCUCAGCCAUUACUUACUACUACUAUCCUGCGAACACACAGCGGUGAAUCAGUGGAUGCAACUGUGACUUGUCUGAAUAUAACGUCACAGAAGCUCCUCUGACACUACAGUCAGGCUUAUAUUAAUAUAUAAUAUACCAACCCACUGCCAGUGAUAUUUUGUUACACUAACCGAGUGCAGAUCAAAUUCUGUAAGGCCAGGGUCUUGGAGUCUUCCGAAGCCUCUGGAUCUUUUGAUGAUGAAAGGGAUUUUUUUAUACAGCUGAGAAAACGGUAGGAUUCAUUCAGCUUUUGUGCCUGCUGCUCGUAGUGGCAGACAACAGUACACUACUUACUAACCCGUGCAGUUCUACGUACUUCAUACUCGUGUUCGUUUAUUUAGGAGAGGAAGGGUAACUUCUUUGAAAGCGCUGCCUCAUAGCUUCCAGGCUUCUCACAGCCCUCUCAGCAUAGACCAUUAUUAUCACGUGCUAUUUAGAAUGGCUGCUUUUACAAGAGACGCACGCACACACCAGUUAGAACCACUGGUGAACAAAACAGCAAACAGUAGUGUUGCUCUGAGCUAGUUUACAGUACACAUAGAUGACAUCGCUCUGUAGGCUUUACUCAUCUUCAUCUUCAUAGUUCAGUUCAUCAGUCACCACAAGUAGACCUCAGAACAACAGAUGCAGUCCACAGCACUUUAGAAAGUGCAGGUUUUUAAGUUUUAGUAGGAUGUAUACUUCAUAGGGUGCUGGAUGUCAACAAAGAUUUUCCUCAAGAUCAGGUGGGCACUACAUUGUCCCCCCAGUAGAAUUGCCUCAACAGAGUAAUAAUAGCAGGUAGAUUCUUUGAUCACAUGUGCUGAUCAUUCGCACUAAUCGAUCACUUGAUUUAGCAGAAGGUAGACAGCAGUCUCUCCUCAGCUCAGCUGCUAACAGUUAAAUGCAGAGGUUAGCUGUCUCUGUUCUGCUCCUCUGCCCUUCUGAACGUGGGGCCAAGUAGAAUUACAAUGCAAAACUGUGGAAGAAAGGCUUUAUAAGCAUGUACGACGAAAGUAUGAACUUGGAAGUCAAGAACCUAACUCCCUUCCAAUCCAUGGAUUUUCCCCUGCAUAAUCCCACCCCUCAUUAAUUUAUGCUAGUUUGUGCAUUUUCAAAAAGAUUUUAAAAGAAGAAGAAAAAAAUCUUCAGAAAAAAUGACUGGAAGAAGUAUUCAAACAAGUACAUUCUGUAUGCAGUUGUCUAUGAGCAUGCUUCUCUGUUAAUACUGUAACUGAGGAUGAAUGAACAAAAAAAAAAACCAGAUUGAAAGUCAACGUCCAUUUAACCAUGAACCGAACUGAAGAUUCAUCUCCAACUUCGCUGCUUGAGACAAUCAGAUGGAAGUUAUCUGUUCAUCCGGAAUCAUCCUUCAUUCCUUCCCAGCAUCCUGCUGUCCUCCUUUCCUCCCCAGCUCCAUCUGAGCACCAACUCCGAAAAGAAGAAAAAAAAGUGUCCAUUUUUUCCUUUUUUUUGUGAAAGUCGAAAAAAUUAAUGAGGAAAAUGCAAAACUGCAUGCACAAAUAUGAUUUUAAUUUAUAAAAACAAAUUUGAAAGAAAAAUGUUUUAUGGAAAUAAUUGUGUAAAAGAUCUAGCAGUAUUUAAGUUUUCUUUUACAAAAAAAGAAAGGGGAAAAAUAAAUGGCCAUUUUGAAAAAUA